GGGCAGGUUGAAGCAUGAGCACCCAAGUCCAGUGAGAAGAUUACAUUGGAACCUUGAGCUACGACAAUAGCUAAAAAAGGAAUAGGUUUGACCAUCGUGAAGAAAACUCUUGGCUCAACUUUUCAGGGUGUGUCAGUCGGUGCCCAGUGGUGGCAACAGGGUUUGGUCGUGAAGUUUUCGGGGGGGAUGGAGAGUAAAGUUGUUUCGCUUCAGUUAGCCGAGCUGUUUCUGGAAAGCUACAACGAGACAAAUGUUAAAACACGUGCUUUCUCUAGUGAUGUUGGUUCUGGAGCUAAGUGUAGUACUUCUAUUAAAGAAACCGCCAUGAGCUGCGUUACCAAGGCAACAAAAGAAUUUUCACCGAGAGUGUUGCCCAACAUGGACAGGUUGGUCAAUAAAACAGACAUUACUGAACUUCUUUAUGGCUCUUCUUUGGACAAGAGUAAAGACUAUAAAACUUUUGUCCAUUCGAUUGUAUGUGAACCUAUGGCCUGUAACGUGAGAGUCCCACAAAGUACAGUUCAAAAACAUGAUGAAGUUCUGAAAGACUCCCACGGAGAUGAGUUGGGUCACUCAGAAGCUAGCCUAAAGAAAGCUGUGAGUUCUACUGACCUACAGACCCCUUAUGACACUACUCCAUCUGUACGUCACCAGAAGUUAAUGCGCGCAAAGUCUACAGAAUCGGUUAUUCCAGCCUCUAUAUCUUUUUGGAACACUGACUUGCAGUCUUGCAGUGGAGCAGAAAAUAGAUUUUGUACAAAUAGUAACUUUAAUAAACACGGAAAUGUCUUAUCACGACUGAAGUUAAUUGGUUCAGAUUCUGACCUUACACUUGCUAGCCGAGAAUCUACACCAAGCAUUUGGGGCAGAAGGGUCAUCGUUCAAAGGCCAAAGGCUAUACGUAUGUCCACUCCACACCUUUCAACCUUUACAGAACUAGAAAUAGAACCACCAAGUCGACGAAGCUUCAACUUUAUCAGCAAACCAAGCGAAGUGGCUCGUCUUACACAGUCAGCUCUUAGCGCCAUCUACCACCCGUUUAGUGCAGUGAAAAAAACACUAGUACGCCAAGCACGGGACAUACUUUUGUGCCGCUUCUUCGGCGAUUUCCAAAAGUUUAAAGAGGAGUUUUUGACACCAGCAGCUUCCCUUCUUGGGAAGUUACAAGCGAGGUGUCAAGAAUCCCGAAAUAGAAGAGAACAGCUUCACACACAGUCUAAGAUGGACCUAGACGACCUGUGUCACAGCUGUUGUGAACUUAAGUGGAGCAGUUGGCCGCUCUGUGUUCACCAGAGGGUGUUAGUCCAACUAGGAGAAAUAGACAGAUCUCUGCUUAAACCUGGAGACUUCUAUUUCUGUCUCCGUCAGUCCUGGUCAUCUUCGUAUAUGCCAUCAUCGAAUAACAGUUGUUUGGAAGUAGUUUGUAUUUAUAGAACUUUGAGCGGCAUUAAAGAGCGCGUGGCACAUGAAAGUGAAUUGGAUAUUCUCUUUGCGAUGGACUGGAUUCAUCACCCCCUAACACCUGUCUCUCCGGCCGUACUCUCAAAACCAGACUCAGAGGAACACUUGCCUUUUCUACUUCAGAACCUUCUGGUGACGGUUGAAAGAGGUAUCGAGAGGAUCGAAUGGCAACAUGUGACAAAAAACUGGUUCUGUAGUCAUACUUUCCCAUCGCAGCUUCUGUAUCCUGCAGACUUAUCUGGUUGUCAUGGGAACCAGGCAAUUCAUAUGAAGGACAGUUCAGUACAGACCAGUCCAAAACAUUAUAUAGACAGUAACAAGAGACAAGAUGCAGUGGUCUGUGAUCAUACUGACACUGAUAUAAGUGAAGUUGGAAAAUAUCAUGGAUGUUAUGCAUCUUCUACCUUACAAGCAAAUCUUCAGGGGCAUGAUUAUCUCCUGGGACGCUCAGACACAGGUCAUUACGAUACAGAAUAUCAUUCUAGCUCAGCGAAUGAGCCACCAUCUUUAAUGUCAACAUCAAAUGGCCAAGCGAGAGAACUUGGUGACGGUCACAACGACAGCACGUUAUUUCAUCCAGCCAGUAUCACCGAAGUUAGCGUUGAACUACGAGAUUCGGAAAUAGCCGUGCUUCCUGGAUGUCGUGACGUUACUGGUAGAAGUGUUAUCGUCGUGAACUUAAAUACAUGGCAGAAACAUCGUGAUGUUACUGCGCUACAGGUGGCCCAGUUGUUGAUGUAUUUUCAUACUAUCCCUAGGAAGGAAGUUAUUUGUCGAGGAUUCCUAGUACUUGUGGAUGUUCGGGAAGUUGAGGACCCCGACCUAACAGAACUGGAUGAGACACUAUGUUUAGUCGGGAUGAACAUCAAUAACGCUAUCAACUCCUUAGUGAUAUGGAUGAAGGAAGAAGAAUGUGAUCGGCGUUACUUUCUGAAGAGUCAAGUCAAGUAUGAGGUGGUAAGAAGUUGGGUAAAGCUUCAUAAGUUUAUCAAGAAAGAACAAUUAAUUUCGCAGAUGGGCGGUAGUUAUGUCUAUGACCACAAAGACUGGGUGACAUUCAGAAAGUGCAUCGAACCCUUUCUAUCUGGUUGUCAUUUCUAUGGACGUCACCUUGUGGGUGUCCUACAAGAACUCCGGACCAGUCGCCUGCCUUCCACGGCAUCUCUAACAAGCCAGCUGCUUGAACAGCACAGGAAAGUCGUCGGCCAGACCUUUCAAGAUGAACGGUUGCGCCAUCUGGAAGAAGAUGGAGAAAAUAUUCUGAAAAAACUCGAUUCUUUUCGAAGUAGUACACCCCAUAACGUUGAUUACAAGGAAGGGCUGGACAGAGGGACUGUUCUUUACAACGAACUUCGACGUGCAGUAAAAAAAUUACGUAGACUGGCAGAGAAACGUCAACAGAAGUUGGAAACGUAUCUUCACCUUAAAACUCUUGAAGAAGAGUCUGGCCAGGUGCUGGGAUGGCUUUGUGGGAAAGGAGUAGAUACACUAACCAAACACCAAGCUAUGGCCGACUCUCUUAUCAGUCUGAAAGAGCAAGAAGGAGAAUUUGAAAAGUUUUACUUUCUAGCUAUGCGUCAAAUUGAAAAAGGUAACGAUUUAAUGGAAGAAGCUUCCAUGUUUGGAGCAACGUUGUCAUCUGCUGACGGGUUUGGUAAAGCUCAAAGUUUAACGUCAUCAUUAGGAGAACAUAUUCAGUACUUUGCAGAACGUCUUGAGGACACGCGAGAAAGACUGGAGGACAGUGCCAGAUGUUACAGUCUUCUAGAUAGGUCUUAUGAAUGGGCAGUAGAAGCCAUGAAGUUUGUCUCUCACCUGAAAACUGAGAAGAUAACGCACCCUAAAGAAUUGAUGAAGUUAAUCAAAUCUCUUCAAGAUUAUGUUGACAACAAUCCACCAAUUAGAGAAGAAGCAUUCAAGGAGAUGUUGGACUUGGCUACAAAAUUAGAGAAUGACAGUCUUUUUGAACAGUGCAAAAUUGCCCAAGCUCGAUGUCAAGACACGAAUGAUUUGAUCAAAGCAAGACAAGCUACUCUGCUGAGAGCUAAACAGCAGAUGGAAGUAGAGUCCUUACAGUGCUCUGAUUUACCAACUGGCUCUCGAGAUUCUCAGUGUUUCUGGAUACCACAUAGUACCAGUACCCCUGUAGGAGAACACUCUGGCUACUACCACAGGAAGCCAGUUGCUAACACCUCAUCUAGUUACAAUUUUCAUGUAGGAUCAUACACUUCUUUUCCUAGCAACUGUCUCUCUGUCCCAGCAACCAAAGACAGUUUUCAGUUGGAUCACUACAUGGAAGAGAAAGAGGAGCAGCUACAUGGUCAAGGCCUCAUCACAGAUGAUCUUACCACCCAAGGUCCAGUUGCAUCAAUAUCACGCAGCAAGCUCGAAGCAAGAGCUGGCAACUCCAAUCAGAAAGAAACUCCUCCUGGUGGAGUGAUGAAGAGUCACAGUGGAAGCAGCUUAGUUGGGCUAAAAGAAAAAAUUGCUGGCCUUGUGGCUGGAGCUGCUUCUGUUCAGAAUUCAGCUAAAGAAGGACAUUAUUAUAAUCGGCCAAUCAGGAAACUCAUGCGCCGCAGUCAUACUUGGCAGCUUUAUGAAGAAAAUUCACAGAAACCUAACUCAGAUAUUCAGAUCCCCGACAAUAAUCUCAGACUUCAGCAGGUAGUCAUUAACAGUGAGGAAAGUUUCUCUUGCAGUGGUGUCUCUGGGAACAUUUCCAAGCUUCCAGUUGUAGAGAGUUUACCACUACCUUGUGGCGGACCUGUACCAGUGAACAGUCACUUAACAAGGACACCUAGCUUCCGAGUAAGACAAGAGUGUGAUAUGUACAUUGAUCAACAAGCAAAAACCAAGAAGCAGUUGUUGUUAAUUAUGAGAGAGAUGAUUCAUACAGAACGGGACUAUGUCAAGUCACUGGAAUAUAUCAUUGAGAAUUACAUUCCUGAGUUGCUGCGAGAUGACAUUCCUCAAGCUUUACGAGGUCAAAGAAGUGUAAUUUUUGGCAACAUUGAAAAAAUCUAUGAAUUCCACAACCAUUAUUUUCUUAGUGAGCUGGAGAGGUGUGAAGACUCACCAUUCCUUGUAGGCCAAUGUUUUCAGGAUUAUGAGGCACAGUUUUACCUUUAUGCCUUGUACAAUAAAAACAAACCCAAAUCAGACUCUUUAAUGGUGGAAUAUGGCAAUGCUUUUUUCAAAAAAAAGCAGCUGGAAUUGGGUGACAAAAUGGAUUUGGCCUCUUAUCUACUUAAACCUGUGCAAAGAAUGGGUAAAUAUGCUCUUCUGUUGAAACAACUUCUGAAGGAAUGUCCAGAAAAGAUUUCUGAAUAUCAAAACCUCAAGGCAGCAGAAGAAAUAGUUCGUUUUCAGCUAAGACAUGGUAAUGACCUGUUGGCUAUGGAUGCUUUAAGAGAUUGUGAUGUGAACGUUAAAGAGCAAGGACGACUUCUGAGACAAGAUGAAUUCAUAGUUUGGCAAGGACGCUCCCGAAAAUCAUUGCGCCAUGUUUUCCUUUUUGAAGACCUGAUCCUUUUCAGUAAAGCUCGACGAGAUCCUGAGCGAAAAGGACAUGAAAUUUAUCAGUACAAGCAUAGUAUAAAAACUUCUGAUAUUGGAAUGACAGAGCAAACAGGUGACAGUCCUACAAAGUUUGAAAUCUGGUUUCGUAAAAGAAAAUUGAAUGACACAUACAUACUGCAGGCACCAAACUCUGAUGUGAAGGCUGCUUGGGUCCAGGAAGUCUCUAAGCUUCUGUGGAGGCAAGCACUAAGAAACAGAGAAAUGCGUUUGGCAGAAAUGUCAUCAAUGGGAAUUGGUAAUAAGCCUUGUCUGGACAUCAAGCCCAGUGAGGAUCAGAUCAGUGAUCGGCUAGUUGCUGUUCAACAAAGUUGCAGAGUUCCUCAAUUCCACAGCUCAGUUACUGUGUCACCAAAUGACUAUCUGCGAAGCAACAAACGGCCUCAUUCCAUUAUAUCUGUAAGUAGUUCAUCGUCAGGAAGUAGUCUGUCUUCUUAUACCUGCUACGGAGCUCUACAGCUAGGCCUUGAUCCAGGCGACAGCCAUGUUUUCUUACAGAACCUGAUAGAAGAGUCUCACUAUUCUGCAGAGAGUGGAAUUGAUACAGAUGUCAGUAUGACGGGUGAGUGUUCUUCAGAUAUGUGUGGACUUCAACACAAGAAGCCUGAACGUAGUAACAGUAUUCUGUCUAAUGAAUCACUUGUCACAAAUCCACCAUCAUCAGUGCAUUUACAAAGUGAUAAGCAGUUCUUAGAAGAGCCUGAUGAGACAGUCACUAUGUAAUCAAGGGCACAAGUUAAAAGAAGAUUCCAUGGGAUCAAGAAAAGAAUAAUUCAAAACUGUGCCAAAAGAUUAACCAAACAUUUUAAUCACUGUUGGAUCUUGUGCUUCUUACAAUCAACUAAUUUAAACUCUAGAGUAAUAUUUACUAAAAAAAAUAUGGGUGGUUGGAACAGAUGAAAGAAAUUAUAGCACAAAGGAGUAAAAAACCAUAUCAGCUAUGGCACCUUUGGUGUAAAUUCUGUUGGUGAUUUAUGAUGUGGCUAUUAUUGCUAUAUAAUUUAAGUUUUAUUUCAUUAUUAAUAUGAUGUUUACUUAUUUGUAAAAAACAAACCGUGUUUUAAGCUUUUUUAUAAUUGCUAUGAAUCUUUUAUUAUUUAGUAAUAGUAUUCUGUAUUUAAAUUUUGUAACAUAAUCCAAAUGACUAUGUAAGACUUGAUAUAAGUUGUGAUUAAAAUCUAGAGUUAAGAAGCUCAUAUUUCAAACUUUUCUGCAUUUCUAUUUAAUCUGUUUAACUUAUUAGUUCUAUUGCUUGUAAAAAUGGAUAUUGUUUGAUUUCAACAAUUCUUUUCAUUAGUCUAAAGAGUCAGAGGUAACAACCUGUGUUUGUAACAUUUGUUUAUAAAUGUCACUUCAUACUAAAAGCUUCUUUAGUUUCUUGAUAAUAAAUCAAAUUCUAAUUGAUAUUUGUAGAACACUAGAACAUUCCUUGCUUUCAACUUGUAAGAUUGUUUCAAAGGUAUAUUCAAACAAACUAAAUGAUAAACUUAAGAAUAUUUCUUGACUAUAAAACAGGUUCAUGCUUUUUACAUUAGUCUUGGUUUAGUGGCUUUUUGCUUACUGUGGUAUGUACAUAGGUUUGUAUAAAAGUGUUUAAUACUUUAAUGAUAAUCUCUAAGACAAUGGCAAUACUGUAGUGUAGACAACAUACACUCUUGAUUAUUUCUAUGUGCCAUUUUCUGUACCUAUAGAAACACAGGUAAGAUAUUCUCAAUUUCAUAACAUAUCAAUGUAAUGCGGGUAAUAACACCCAUUAUUUUGCUAGUUCUGAAUGUCAAAUAAAGAUUUAAUGCUUUGUACUGAA